AUGCGAAGUGGUAGGGCGACGGGGCCUGAUGAGAUACUGGUGGCUUUUUGGAUGUUUUCUGGCGAGGCUGGUUUAAGGUAUUACUACAACAAGGUUACUAGAACGUCCAAAUGGAGAAUGCCUGAUGAAUUCAAGUUGGCUCAUGAAAAGGACACCAUUUCACACGUUUCUGAUUUUGGAUCCAUUGCUGUUGUUAAAACAUCAUCCCCGGGUGCAGAUGGUUUAUUAGUCUCGGCACACGGUGCUAAAUCAAGCCCAACUACUGUGUCACCAGCUGCUAACUUACCAACUAUUGUGGCUUCAGAAUCAUUAAGUUUAUCUGGUAAGGUUUCUUCUUCGAUGAUUGAAACAGUUAAAAUGAAGAAUUCUUCAGAACCUGCUUCGCCAGCUGUUGCUAAUUCAGAGAAAAUUAGAAUAGCAGUAACCUUGGGAAAUUCUGUCGUGCCACCAGUUUCUGAGACUACUACAACUCAAGAUGCAGUAGUGUAUGGUGAUGGAUUUUCUUUGGAGAAUAGAGAGAAUGUCAAGAAAGAUGCUGCAAUAACUGAAAUCGGAGGUGCUACUCUAUCAGAUGAGAAAACAGAGGCAAAGAGUGCAUUCAAAACUCUUUUGGAAUCUGUAAAUAUUGGGUCUGAUUGCAUGUGGGAUCAGGUCAUAAGAGCAGUAAUUAGUGACCGGAGAUAUGGUGCUCUAAAAUCCCUUUGUGAGCAGAAGCAAGCUUUUAAUGACGAGCAUGCUAAGGCAUUGGAGGAGCAGAAGCGCAAUAAAGUGGAGUACUUAGAAUUUUUAAAAUCCUCUGACUUUAUUAAGGCCAGUAGCCAGUGGUGGAAAGUUCAGGACCACUUGGAAACUGAUGAAAGAUGCUCCCGCCUUGAGAAAAUCGAUCGCUUGGAGAUUUUCCAGGAAUACAUACGUGACUUAGAGAGCAAAGAGGGGGAGCAAAGGAAACUGCAGAUGGAAGAAUUGAGGAAAGCUGAACGUAAAAAUCGUGAUGAGUUUCGAAAACUGAUGGAAGAGCAUAUUACUGCAGGAAUACUUAACGCAAAAACUAACUGGCAUGAUUAUUACAUCAAAAUUAAAGAUUUUGCUGCAUAUCUAGCUGCCUCAUCAAAUACUUUAGGAUCAAUAGUAAAAAACUUAUUUACAGAUGUUAUGGAUGAGCUGGAGAAACAGACAUUUGAAUCAGUUUGA